AUGGCCGGCAGCCACCUGCGCUCGCUCCGCUUCCUCGCCUUCUCCUCCGCCAGGUCCCGCUCCCUCCUCCACCUCCUACUCCCCCGCCCCCCCUCCUCUUCCCAAUCUUCUCACGCCUACCACCAUUCCCCCUACCCUGCCGCCGCCCCCAAUCAUGUCCAUCAGGCCCAGCAGCAGCAUUGGGCGCCCCCACGGAACCCUUGUCCCGAUGGCCCCCCUCCACAAUGGUCCUCGCAGGGACAUCCUUCUCCCCCGCCGCCGAGAAACUACCAGCAGCAGGAGCCGCGGCAAACCUACAGGUCUCCACCCACGCAGCAGCCGGUGCCACCGCCACGCCACGGCUACGAGCCCCCGCCCCCGCAGCAGCACGCGACCCCGCCGCCGCCGGCUGAACCUGUCGCAGGGCCUGGUGAGCUGAUAGGACUGUGCCGGGAGGGACGGGUCAAGGACGCAGUGGAGCUUCUCGCCAAGGGGGCGCGUGCCGACACGCCCGCCUUCUACGAGCUCGCCGCCGCCUGCUCCAACCCGAAGUUGAUCGAGGAGCUCAAGAAGGUGCACGACUUCUUCCUCCGUUCGCCCUUCCGCGGGGAUCUCCGGGUCAACAACAAGCUGCUCGAGAUGUACGCGAAGUGUGCUGCCAUGCCCCACGCCCGCAGGACGUUUGACAAUAUGCCUGACCGGGACAUGGACUCGUGGUACAUCAUGAUUGAUGGGUACUCGAUCAACGGUCUUGGGGACGAGGCACUGCAGCUGUUCGAGCUGAUGAAGGAAUGCUUGGCGCUGACCAGCCAUACCUAUGUGCUUGUGCUCAAUGCUUGUGCCAACUCGGAGGCUAUUGAGGAAGCGUUCCUUUACUUUGAUGCCAUGUCCAGAGACCAUGGCAUCCAGCCUGGUGUGGAGCACUAUGUUGGGAUCAUUGAGGUGUUGGGGAAGUCGGGGCAUCUCAACGAGGCCCUGGAGUACAUUGAGAAGCUGCCUUUUGAGCCCAAUGCCAUGGUAUGGGAAUCAGUUUUGAACCUGGCACGGAUGAAUGGUGACAUUGAUCUUGAGGACCGGGCAGAGGAGCUAUUGGUGUCACUUGAUCCAUCCAAGGCAAAUCCUAAGAAGCUCUCAACCCCACCUCCAAAGAGGCGUCUGGGGAUUAACAUGCUUGAUGGGAGGAACAGGCUGGUGGAGUACCGAUUGCCACCCAAGAUUGAAAGGAAGGUGGUGAAUGAGCAGAGAUAUGUCCCAGACACAAGGUAUGUGCUCCAUGACAUUGAUCAGGAGGCAAAGGAGCAGGCAUUGCUGUACCAUAGUGAGAGGCUGGCAAUUGCAUAUGGUCUGAUUAGCACCCCAGCAAGGACUCCGCUUCGCAUCAUUAAGAACCUCAGGAUCUGCGGUGACUGCCACAAUGCCAUCAAAAUUAUGUCGAGGAUCGUAGGGAGAGAGCUCAUUGUGAGGGACAAUAAGAGGUUCCACCAUUUCAAAGAUGGGAAGUGCUCUUGUGGGGAUUAUUGGUGA